AUGCUCAACUACGCUACACUGGCGGCUACGCUCUGGCUGGCUUGUCCGGCAUCAGCGAGCUAUGCAUUCUACGUUGGCAAGAAUCUCACUCAAGAUGGGAGUGUUAUCGUCGGAGGAACUGGAGAAGAAGUUUCUAGUCAUUGGCUUCAGAUCUUCCCAGCGCGUGACCAUCCUCCUAAUUCGACAAUUACUGUUGGCGUCACCAAAGAUGCUGUGUACCCUGGAGAGCUCAUUCAGAUUCCCCAAGUGAACCAUACGUUUCGGUACAUGAGUAUGGAGUACUCUGACUUUGAGGGUUUUCCUGCGCCGUUGACGAAUGGUGGCUUGAAUGAGAAGGGUGUGACGAUUCGUGAUGUCUGGGCUGAUAAUCGGGAUGAGCUGCUAGAGAUGACGCCGAAUCCUCAACGUGGUGUGCAGUACAGCGACUUUGCUCGCAUUGUCAUGGAAAGAGCUAGUAGCGCUUCUGAGGGUGUUGAAAUCAUUGGAGAUCUGAUGGCGAAGUACGGUGAAGCGACAUAUGGUGGCAACUCUCACCUCAUUGCUGAUAAGGAUGAGGGCUGGGUUGUUUGGGAGAUGGCUGGCGGCAAGAAGCUCUGGGCUGCUCAGCGUCUUGGUCCGAAUGAUGUCAAGGUUCUCUACCCUGGAUACAUCGAGGAUUUUCCUACCGACUUCAAGAACAACCCCGACUAUGCUGGCUCUGACAACAUUGUGUCCUUUGCCGUUGUGCAGGGCUGGUGGAACAAGACUUCAGGCAAACCCUUCAACAUCUUUGAUGUGUAUGGUCCUCAGGAUCCUCGAUACAAGGCUCGCGACGGAGGCUACAAAUUCAUGUCGCAGGCUGCUCUGGAGAACGCUACUCUUGCGAUGGUUCCUGUGACUGAAGCCAAGAUGAUGGAGAGAGUACGUGAUCCUCGCAUUGCAGACGACGAAGCCGGCUAUGGUCAAGUCGUCAGUCUUCAUGAUGGAAUCGAUCGAGAUAUGCUGCGGAUUUGGAACGCCCCCACCACUUCUGUCGCUGCACCCUUCGUCCCAUGGUGGCUGGGUGUUCAGUCCGUCCCUCCUGAGUUCGGUGAGCAUCGAUAUUUGACGACCGGCGCUUCGAGCAGCUUCCUCAACCCAGACUAUCAACUGCAAGAAGCUUCCGAAUUUGCUGGCCGCAUCUUCAAGCGUGUGCUGUACUACAUGUGCUCAGACCCCAACAAAUACCAUCCCAUCGUUACGGAGAUGUUUGAGAGUUUCGAGAGCGCAUCUCGCGUCCAGGUCGAAGGUUGGGUGGAAAAAACAGCGUCGACUAUGAUCAAACAGGGAGAACGAAAAGCAGCUCAGAGCUUGUUGACGUAUUACUCUCAUACUCGCGCAGCUGAGGCUCUUGAAGUUGGACAUACCCUGAACAAUGCUUUGGAUGGGUAUAUCAAGUUGACAGGGAAGUGGCGUGGACCCAAGGGUGAUCAGAUCAAUGAUAGUGGUGAGGGUAACGAGACGGUCAAUUGUCUUGUCGGAUUUGACCCAGACAAACCUAGAUAUCUCCAAGGCAACAACUAG